GUUUCCGGUCUCUAUAUUUAAUCACCAGAUGGCGCUACUAGCGCGACGUCACUCGUGUAUCUAUAGUUUCCUUCUGUUUUGAAACCCAAGCUUAGUGUUAUAGUUCCUUGAGGAAUAUUGUAAUAUCGUUUGAAAAGAGUAAAAAGGUGUAAGUUAUCAGUUUCAUAAAGAUGGAAAAAAGAGUCGCCUUGGAGUUAAGGGGGAGGAAUCCUUCACAGGUGAAAGAAUUGAAUUUGGACAAUUGUAGAAGCACUAACAUUGUAGGGCUUACAGAUGAAUAUACCAACUUGGAAAUACUUAGCCUUAACAAUGUUGGCCUCACAACACUGAAAGGUUUCCCGACACUACCAAAACUCAGGAAGCUGGAACUAUCAGACAACAGAAUAUCAAAUGGACUCCAAUUUCUCAAUGGCUGUAAGAACCUGACUCAUUUGAACCUCUCAGGGAAUAAAAUCAGAGAUCUAGAUACAUUGAAGCCCCUUGAGGAAUUUGAAUACCUUAAGAAUCUUGACCUCUUCAAUAAUGAAGUCACAAGUAUUGAUGACUACAGGAGUAAAGUAUUUGCUCUUCAUCCAUCUCUAAAAUAUUUAGAUGGAUUUGACAAAGAAGAUGGGGAAGCAGAAGAUAGUGAUGCUGAAGAAGAGGAUGAAAUGAACGGAAAUAAUGAUAGUGAAGAAGACAGUUCUGAUGUUGAAGAAGAAGAGGAAGAUGAAGAUAUAUCACUAAGCGCAGUUUACAAUGAAAAUCUUGAGGAAGAAAGUUCAGCGAGUUCAAUGUUCGACGGCAGCGAUGUUUCUGAAGAAGAAGACGUCGAUGAGGAAGACGGAGAAGGCGAGAAUGAUGCCGAUGGCGAUCACACCAAUAGUAAAGUGCAAGAUGGUGACGAAAAUGCAGACGGAGAGCCAGAGGAGAGCACUCGGGGUAAAAAACGGAAACAUGAAGACGACGACGAAAAUUGAGUGUUGCCUUAAGCGGAGUUAUCUUACUAGUUUGUAAGUGAAAAGCGCUCCGAAGCAUCGGACAAUAAACCUGGGUCUGUACCGCGAGCGCUUAAAACCGCACCCGUUCUCUUCAUAGAGUGGUACUAGAGUCCCGCUCACUGUAACGGAACGGCAGCGUUCCAACGGUCGUGGUAAAAGUCACAGAUCACUAUCUCGUUACUUUGCAGUCAUCCCUUAGACUAGUUAUCACUUUUUAAUCAGCCUGACAAGGUUGAUAUGAACAUGCCUUCACCACAAUAUUUAACAACCACGACGAAUGAUUCCGAAGUGUUUAAUAUCAUUGAAUGUUGAUGUCUGUUGUGUGGAAAUCUUGUAGUUUGUUGUCCGACAAGUUAAUGUUUCAAUUAAAUUGUUUAUGUAAUAAUAUUUUUUUAUUCUAUUGACAUGCUUAAUUUAGUCUAAUCAUUGAAAUGAAAGUGCAUGGUUUUAGGAUUAAAUAGCUCUCAUUCUAAAAACUAUAAUUGCGAUGACGAUUACUUUAAUUAGUUGUAAGGGAGAUGAACUAAAAUUAGGGUUAACAAAAGAAUUCCCAAGCCCUUGAAAAAAACAUAACAAAUCUGAUAUGGGCUCCGCCUUUUUAUUGAUGACCAAAUUAGACUGAUAAACACAUACAUUAGAACCUCUAUGACUAUAAAGUCAAUUUUCUCUUUAAACAAAUUAGAAAAUUUGUCCAAAAUUUAUUUUUAAAAAGUACAAGUGAAGUGAUUUAUUUAAAGUAAACUAUCAUUAGUAAAAUAAAAUUUAAAUUAUUAUCCUUCCUUAAAUAAAAAUAUUUCUUAAUUUCUCUUCAGAUCUAAUAUUCUGGUUUCUUCCGAUUGUACAUGUGUUUACAUGUUGCAACCCAUAAGCUGGUAUUUCUAUAAGAAAUUAAUCUCGCAAUAUCAGUAUGAUAACGGACAUAAUAAUAAAUUGGCAUUUAUAAAUAAUUUGAAAGGGCGUAAAAAAAACAAACGUAAUUCAAAUAAAUUAGAUUAAAUCUUGAUUCUUUGAUCAGUUCAGAGAAUAUUUUUCUACAAUCUUUUUAAUCUUGAAAGAGCAAUUUAUGCACUAAGUAAUAUCAAUGAAAUGUUUGGUUGAUGCAUCAUGGUGAAUGUGCCAGAUAUGUUGAAGAUAAUUUUAGUUAAUAAUUUUAUUCUAUUAUGUAAGUCAUUAAGUUUAAGUAAUUUACAACUUGUCCUGUUGAUAUAAUAUAUAUAUAAUAUAAUAUAUAUGUAUACAUUAUAUAUAAUCCUAUUAAGAUUAUUUCUGGGAUUGUAAAAUAAAAGCUAAAUUUAUUAUUUAGUUUCAUUCAUCAAAAUAUCUUAAAAGGUAAAGAUAAAUUAAUUAUAAUCAGGGAUUCGUAGUGAUUUCAAGCGUUUAUUAGAUAACUUAUAUACAGCAGAAUUGUCAUCUGUCAUGUUCUUCUAAAAACUGUUGCAAUAAAGUAUUUUCUAUAGGUAUAACGAGGUUUUCACUUCCAUCAUAAGUACGCUUGAUUUUAACAAGUUUGUGAUCCAGAAACUCUGUUAACUGAGCUCUUAACGCAAGAUCGGAGCUAACUAAAAACUGCUCACGACACUUUGAAUAAAGAUCCUUAAAUGGUAGACCUGAAACAAAAUAAUAGCGU